AUGGCAGAGAGUGUGGUGAGUUUUCUACUGGAGAAGCUUUCGUCCCUGUUGGAAGAUCAGGUGAAACUCGUGAGCGGGGAACGAGAUGAAGUUGUUUUCGUGAAAAAUGAGUUGGAUCGUAUGAGAGCUUUCUUGCGAUCUGCUGAUGCUACGGAAGAUCACGAUGAAGAAAUCAAAGUGUGGGUUAAGCAAGUUAGAGAGGUCGCUUACGAUGCAGAAGACAUCAUCGAUGAUUUCUUGUAUAGAUUUGAGCAUACCAAGCGACAUGGAUUCUAUGGUUAUUUGUGUAAGAUGGCUCGCGGGAUCAAGAACUUGAAAGCUCGCCGUCGAAUUGCCUCCCAAUUGCAGAGUAUCAAACGCAGAGUUACUGAUAUUUCUGAGGGGCGCCAGAGAUAUGGUUACAAACUGAGUAGUGCGGAGAUCGGGUCGAGUUCGGGAACUAAACCUUGCUACUAUUCUGAGGUUAGAAGCGACGCACGGUUGCUGGAAGAAGCUCAACUAGUGGGCAUUGAACCAAAGAAGCAAGCUCUUUUGAGUUUUCUUAUGGAGGACACCUCUCAACUACGAGUGGCUGCAGUGGUCGGAAUGGGAGGGCUGGGCAAAACCGCUCUGGUGAGUAAAGUUUAUAAUGAGUCACGAGUAAAGAAUCAUUUUCAUCAAAUCCAAGCUUGGGUCACUGUUUCACAAUCGCUCAAGCUAGAUGAAGUUCUGAGACAUAUUAUCCAACAAUUUUUCAAAAACACCAAUCUGCCACUUCCUGUUGAAGUUGAGAAGUCCAUAGACACACACUUCUUAAAGACAACCAUUGUUGAUUUUCUCAACGAUAAAAGAUAUGGGAUGUGA